UGCACUUUGAAUUAUUACUUUUUUUUUAGUUUUCCCUAAGACGACUUCCAAUUUAUUUAAUAUGGAUUCACCUAAAAAGGAAACUGGUUUCCUAGAUAAAAUUGUAAUGUACAUAUGGCUCAUGUUUGCUCCAAAGCCCAAAAUAAAUGAGCGUUACCCACCGAUUCGAUUGCCAGAACCUCCUUCGAUUAACAAAUUGACGGCUGAAGAUACAGCUUCAACACCUGAGGAACAUUUGUUGGAAAGUGGAACAAUAACCCAUGUCAUGGUUGUAAAAAUUAGUGUCUUCGAUGAUCAAAGUAUUCGUAAGGGCUUUGUUCGGAAGGUUUUCGGAAUUCUAUUGGUCCAACUUCUGUUUACACUCGCUGUGAUGGCUAUGUUCGUUUACCACGAGCCCACAAAGCUGUUUGUGCAGUCGAAUCUGGUUAUCGUGUUUCUGGCCAUGAUCGUUAAUUUGGUCGUCUUAAUAAUGAUCGUCUGUGUCGAGAGCGUUAGACGCAGGCAUCCCCUUAAUCUGAUUUGCCUGGCCAUCUUCACCUUCACCAUGUCCAUGCUCCUUGGAACCACUUCGAGCUUUAUGGACUCCGAUCUAGUGCUCUUGGCAGUCGGAAUUACAGCUGUGCUUGUCGUCGCACUUUGCUUGUACGCCAUUCAAACCAAAUACGAUUUCACCGCUUGUGGCGGUGUAAUGAUCACAUUAGUAAUGAUCCUCUUUGUCCUGGCUAUUUGUCGUUUUUUUAUACCCGAAUUUACCGACAGCUUGCCAAUUGCUUGUCUGUGUGCCAUAUUGGCUUGCUUUUUCCUGAUCUACGACAUGCAGUUGAUAAUCGGCGGAAAUCGCGCGGAGCAACUGGAUCCCGAGGAAUAUGUGUUCGCAGCAUUGACUCUUUACGUGGAUGUAAUGCGUUUACUUCUUUACAUCCUUCGGAUCCUACAGAGAGUUAUAUAAUGUGUUAAUUAACUUUAAACCUGCCUUGGCUUUACAAAACAAAAAGAAUGUGAAAACUUGCCAUUUACAAUCAAAAUGCUUGCUAUAACUGAUAUUUAAUAUCAGAGUUUGUUUCUUGCCAAUUCCAGGUCAGAGAAAUGCAUUGUUUGGUAUUGGUAAUUAAGAAUUUUAUUAACUUACUCUUUUGGCUCAUAUUGUUCUAGGAUAGUUACAUUUUAUUAAUAUUUAUAUACUGUAUACGUUUGUCUAUGCGUGAGUAACUAUAAAAUACAAUCACAAAAUGUAUGCCA